AUGUCAGGAGCGGGAGCCAUAGGAAUCGAUCUUGGUAGUCACAGCUGUGUGAUUGCUGCAGUCAAAGGUGGUGGUGUAGAAAUCCUAACAAACGAUCUCUCCAACCGUCAAACACCUUCAGUCGUUGGAUUUGGUGAUAAACAAAGAUUUAUUGGCGAAAGCGGAUUCAGCAAGCUCAGCACAAAUUUCAGAAACACAGUCCUGUUCCCAACUCGCUUUUUAGGCCUAAGUUCCAACUAUCAAUACCUCCACGACGAGUCAAAGUGGCUUACAAACAAACUAGUGACUUUGGAAGAUGGCCGAAUCGCCCAUGAAGUUCGAUACCUAGGUGAAAACAUGGCUUUCACAAGUGAAAGAAUUGUAGCGAUGUUUCUAACUCAAAUAAAAAUCAUAUGUCAGAAAACCGGUCUCAAUCCACAAGAUGUUGUGAUUUCAGUCCCCUGCUAUUUUACAGAAACAGAAAGAAGAGCUCUUCUUGAUGCAAUUGCCAUUUCUGACUUGACAUGUGCAAGGAUCAUGAAUGAUUCGACCGCCUCAGCUUUAAGCUAUGGGCUGUUCAGGAGUUCUGAGUUCACUGAAACACCUAGAGUGGUGGCACUGACUGAUUUAGGCCACUCAAAGUUCACUGUUUCUAUUGUCCAGUUUACUAACUAUGCCCCAGUUUUUUUCCUAUAUAUUCUUUUCGCUAGUUUAUGUGAACUGCAUUGCAUAAUCAUUUUUAAUUUAAUUUUAUUGUAAUUCCAAUGCUUUAGGAAGUCAUUGGUAGUUCUUAAACAUCUUUAAUAUAAUUUUAUUUUAUCUCUAUUUUCUUAUUCUGUUGUAUUUAAUAAAAAAUUAAAAAUUUAAAAAAAAAUUAUCAAUUAGAGGGAAUAAGGACAAAUUGCAAGUCCUAACUCAUGUAACUGAUAGAAAUCUUGGAGGAAGAGACCUUGAUUGGAAAAUCAUGGAAUUUUUCGCAUCUUCUUUCGAAAAGAAACAUGGAAUCAACCUUUUACACAAUCACCGUGCAAGAUCAAAAAUGUCCAUUGCAGUCGAAAAACUGAGAAAAAUGCUUUCUGCAAACACCGAAGCAGUGCUAAACUUAGAAUAUAUUGUGGAAGAUUUAGAUUUGCAUGGAGUUAUGACUCGUGAUGAGUUUGAAACAUUGGCCGCAGGACAUUUAGAGAGGAUUGAUGAAUUGUGCAAAACUGCACUGAGAAAAGCAGGAGUAGAAAGUGUUCACUCUGUAGAAAUUCUGGGAGGUGGCACAAGAAUUCCUUGUGUCCAAAGAGUAAUAGCUAAAGCUUUCAAUGUUGAAAAUGUGAGUAAAACAUUGAACCCAGAAGAAGCCAUUGCUCGAGGAUGUGCUGUUCAGUCAGCUAUGUUAAGUCCACUCUUCAAGGUUAAAGAAUUCUCAGUCCAAGAUAUCGUCACAAUACCAAUCAGCAUCAAAGUUUCUUCCCUUGAUAUGGAAGUCGAAGUCGAGCCUGAAGUCAUUUUCCCUGAAAAGAAUGUUUUCCCUACCACAAAAAUAAUGAAACUCAGGAAAAACCAGCCUUUCAAGAUGAACUUGUUUUAUCCAGAGCCUUUAAUUGAAGGGCUAGACCAUACAGUUGCUGAUUACGGAGUAAUUUGUCCAGCAGAAGGCGUUGAGAAUGAAGUCAAAGUUUAUGUCAAAAUGAAUGGGCAUGGAGUCGUCAACUUAGAAAAAGCUGAAUUAAUUGAAGAAAUCAUUGAGACUGAAGAAAUCAAGCCUGAGGAAGCUAAGGCUGAGGAGCAAAAAGCAGGAGAAGAAAAGAAAGAGCCUUCAGUUAAGAGAAAAUAUAAGAGAACCAACCUCGAAAUUUCUAAAGUAUCGAAAGGACUCAAAGAAGAGGAGCUAAAAAUGUUUAUCAAUGAAGAAAGAAGAAUGACAAAUGAAGACAGAAUUGCUAAAGAAACUUCUGAUAAGAGAAAUGAAGUAGAAGCUUAUGUUUAUGAAGCUAGAUCAAAGCUUAACUCCUCUCUUCAAGGCUUUGUUAGUCCUAGCAAGUUGCAAGAAAUCUUACUCCUCCUCCGUGAUCGAACAAAACCCGCUCUCCAUGAGUGAACAAAAUUAUUUUUAAUUUAAAAAUCUUUCUGAAAAACUAUUUUGAUAUAUAGUGAUAAUUAUUAUAAUAGAAUCUCAUAACUAUUCUGCUGAGCUUCAUUUUUAAAAUAUGAGAUUAAGAUUAAGAUUGCGAUAACUCUCUGUCGACCCCCACUUAGCUUAGGAUCUAACAAUACAAGCCCAUCCUUAAUGAAUUCCAUCCACUAGCUAACAGCUCUGAACGACGGUAGGUGGAAUCGGCCUAACUGUCGAACCGUUACAGUUGCCUAUGGCCCGGACGAGUCUCUCUUCGUUUCUUGAGUGUGAUUCAAGUACACUUGGGGUUGCCGGAGCAGUCCCAACGCUGAUUUCCUUCAGAAAGAAUGAACUUCCCUCACUAUGACGAGUAUAGGGGACAGAACCCCUAACUCAUACAUUCCAUUUUAAUUGUGAUUUUAAAAUAUAAAUUUUAUAUAUAUAAAUUGAUUUUAACUUUUCACUUUUAUGAAAUUUUUCGAAAAAAAAAUCGUAUCAAAUUUCUAUAAAUUUAAAAAAAAUUAGACGGGAGUUAGCAUUUCUUUCAGAUACUGAAAACUGGGUAUACGGAGAUGGUGCUGACACACUUAAAAGUGUAUAUACUGAAAGGCUCGACAAAAUGAGAGAACAAGUAGAGCCAGUCAUCAGAAGAUCCAACAUCUUCAACUCUUACCCUCAGCUCAUAAAUGAGCUCCAAGACGCUUUGAUAUGGAGCAGACAGCAAGCUCUCUCUCCUCAAGAGCAGUUUUCUCAUAUCACUGAAGAAGAAAGAAAUAGAAUCAUCGAAAAAGCCGCUGAAUUUGAAAGCUGGCUUCAAGCAGCCAAAAUCCAAAUAGACUCAAUGGUGAGACAUGAAGACCCAACCAUUUCUACAGAAGAUUUUGUGAAGAAAACUAUUCAAAUCAGAGAAGUCACUAACCAGACUAUGAGCAAGCCUAAGCCAGCCCCUCCAGCUCCUCCUAAAGAAGAGAAAAAAGAAGAAGCCAAGCAGCCAGAACAAACCCCUCCAGAGGCCCCUAAGAACGAAGAAGCCAAGAAGCCAGAAGACAUGGAAUUAGAUUAA